AAUGCUUUUUAAAAUUGUGAGGAAUGCUGUGAUCACUAUGCAGAAAUCCACUCCCAGAUUUUAUUUCAAUUAAACCAUAGAGCCCACACAAUCUUAAUAAGAUGAGAUGUAUUCAACAGUAUUGGCAACAGAAUAAUACAAGUACAAAUUUAAUUAUAUUUGUGGUUGAU